AAUAAUAAUAAUAAUAAUAAUAAUAAUAAUAAUAAUAAUAAUAAUAAUAAUAAUAAUAAUAAUAAUAAUAAUAAUAAUAAUAAUAAUAAUAAUAAUAAUAAUAAUAAUAAUAAUAAUAAUAAUAAUAAUAAUAAUAAUAAUAAUAAUAAUAAUAAUAAUAAUAAUAAUAAUAAUAAUAAUAAUAAUAAUAAUAAUAAUAAUAAUAAUAAUAAUAAUAAUAAUAAUAAUAAUAAUAAUAAUAAUAAUAAUAAUAAUAAUAAUAAUAAUAAUAAUAAUAAUAAUAAUAAUAAUAAUAAUAAUAAUAAUAAUAAUAAUAAUAAUAAUAAUAAUAAUAAUAAUAAUAAUAAUAAUAAUAAUAAUAAUAAUAAUAAUAAUAAUAAUAAUAAUAAUAAUAAUAAUAAUAAUAAUAAUAAUAAUAAUAAUAAUAAUAAUAAUAAUAAUAAUAAUAAUAAUAAUAAUAAUAAUAAUAAUAAUAAUAAUAAUAAUAAUAAUAAUAAUAAUAAUAAUAAUAAUAAUAAUAAUAAUAAUAAUAAUAAUAAUAAUAAUAAUAAUAAUAAUAAUAAUAAUAAUAAUAAUAAUAAUAAUAAUAAUAAUAAUAAUAAUAAUAAUAAUAAUAAUAAUAAUAAUAAUAAUAAUAAUAAUAAUAAUAAUAAUAAUAAUAAUAAUAAUAAUAAUAAUAAUAAUAAUAAUAAUAAUAAUAAUAAUAAUAAUAAUAAUAAUAAUAAUAAUAAUAAUAAUAAUAAUAAUAAUAAUAAUAAUAAUAAUAAUAAUAAUAAUAAUAAUAAUAAUAAUAAUAAUAAUAAUAAUAAUAAUAAUAAUAAUAAUAAUAAUAAUAAUGUCUGGUUUUCGAAUAGACGAGCAAAGUGGCGCCGUGAGGAAAAGCUACGAUCCCAGAAGCGGCUGAUCAACCAGGUGGGCGGCUCCAACGGGUCCCAGUCCGGGAUGCCAUCGUCCAUUUGUUCACCAUCGGCUACCAAGAUCUACAACUCUGAGUACGACAAUCCGUACGCGGCGGCGGCAGCCGUCUCGCAACCCACGUCCGAUUGCUACAGCUCCAUCUCCAACUCGGUCGGGCUCAUGUCAGCCGGGCAGCCGCCCCGUGACAACUACCAGUAUUUGCUAUCGGAUUCGCUGCACUCCCUGAGUAUGCCUUACUCCUUUCAUCACCGGCUACCGUGCAGUUCUCCGUCGAGCGUUCAACCGAUGGAUCUCAACACUCAUUCGGCCGCUUCGGCAGCUGCUGCAGCUGCGGCGGCUUCCGCCUACAGCCAAUCGAUAAGCAUGACUGACCUGUCCCAGAUGACACCGCCGAGUGCGGCGGCGGCAGCCGUUGCAGCAGGACUGCCGCCACCACCACGACAUCUCCCGAUCAUCACCAGCUCCCUAGCGUCCAACGCCCCAUCCUUAAGUCAGCCGCUGCCGUUGACCCACCAUCUGCACCACCAGCACCAUCACCAUCACCACCAGCACCAACACCAACACCAGCAACAGCAGCAGCAGCAACCACCACCACAUUCCCAUCAGCAGUCCCUGCAUCAACCGCAGCUACCGGCUCCUCCGGCGGCUCAUCAGCCGCUGACGCCGCUGGAGCUGUCAACGACCGCGGCGGCUGCGGCGGCUGCAGCUCACCAGCAACAGCCGCCGUCGGCCAACGAAAUGGAAGGGUGA